CCAGCACCUUAACUUGCCAUGUCGGAAACUGUAACUAUCGUUUGAUCGAUGCACAGUACAUCCCGGUACUGUCGUGACUGUGUAUACCGACACUGUGCUACUGCAUUACUCAUGGCUUGCCAUCUAACUAUCUGUACCCAUCGUUUGGUUUCUCAUUCAAGACCGCUGGUCCGCUUUGACAAUGGCUGCUCUUCAUGAGUCGCCCUUGUCGCGGGAAUCGCUCAUCUUCUCCUCGGUUUUCUCCUUGUCGGCUGCAACACAUACCACUCCGACGCCGCUGUCAACCCCCGACCUUGGGAGCAUCGAACCCGGCCAGUCAUUUGGCGGCGUGUUUGGGUCCAACCAACCCUCCCAACAACAAUCGGCCGCGCAGCGACAAGUGCGCCGGAAUUUGGCAUGGAGCUCGGCUACGAGGUUUUUGGGGCAAUUUGCCUUGGAGGAUGCCAUGAAAGGCCGGCCGACGGAGUUGCGGGGCAUGCCGUCGGAUGUACGAGAUGCUAUGGAAUUUCUCCUUAUGGGGGGAGGAUGUCCACUGCCGGAGAGCAACGAGGAGAGUCUGGUGGACUGGUACACCAAUGAAGCGCUGCGGAGAUUCGUCGUCGACAUUAGCCCCGAGUUGACGACGAAAUGGCGAGCUGACUUUGACGAGCACUCUACCUGGCAUAUCUUGAUAUACACCACAAGCAAACUUGUUCAAGCCCAUCGACACUUAGCUCAGCCAUUAAAGGACAUCCUCCUCCCAAUCAUCUCUCGUCCAUCGAGAAGAGCAGACGACGCCAUCGAAGCCCUCACGACCCUCCCGAUUAUCUCGAGGUUCAACCGAGAACUCCGCGCCGCCUUCGUUCAGGCAGUCGAUGCGGGACGUUUUGCCGAGUAUCUAGAACACCUACUGGUCGACACCGGUCGGAAGCUAUUCUCGAUCGAAGGACGUGGCAACGAGAAUGGGGAAGGCCCAGAAUUGAGCCGCGAAGAGAAGCAAAAGAUUCGCGAACGGCUUACGACUCUCUUACGAGGCAUCGGCUCUAUAGGGCUUGGGGGGGACAAGUCUACGUGGGUAGUUGGUGCUGCAAUGGCGAAAUUGCUCGACAAUUUCGUAGACAGCCGCCACAUGAAAGUUGAUUGGUACACGCGGAACUCUGUGGUGCGCACCUUGAAGCACUGGGUCAAGGAAGGUUACAUGAGAUAUUUCCAAGAAAUUAUGGCGUGUCUUGAAGUGGAGUCGGAAAGUGGUCCUCAACCAUCUUCAAUCCCACCCGCAUCGUUGCAGCGGUGCCAAGAGAUUGCCAUCAACCGUCUGGGAAGAGCACGAGUGGCGGAUCUGUUCGAUUUCAUUGUGAGGUGGGAUGGGUCACUUGGCGCCAUCCGGGAUCUGAAGGAGUACAUCACUCUCCCUGGUGCUCGUGUUCAUCUUACCCACAGCUUCUCCCGCCAGUUGUCAAGGCGGUUGCUACAUGCCGGAGCGACAACAAGUGACAUUCUCGACGUGUACGUCUAUAUCAUCAAAGCAUUCAACGAGCUUGACCCGAAAGGCGUUUUGUUGGAUCGGGUCGCUCGGCCAAUCCGUCGUUACCUGAAAGAUCGGGACGACACCGCUCGUAUCAUCGUAGUCAGUCUGUUAAAGGAUGUCGACGAGAUCAUCGCGGAUGAGAAGACAGGAAGACUCGAUAUAGGAGGAAAUGUGUCCAAGCAGAUUGCGCUGGAAAUGAAAUAUCCCUCGGCACACGCCUUGCAAGAGCAGGACUAUGACCUGGAUUGGGGGAAUAUGGAUUGGACUCCGGACCCCAUCGAUGCGGAACCGGAAUACAAGCGAUCCAAGUCGUCCGAUGUCAUCGCCUCCCUCCUGACGCUCUACGACCGGGAAGAUUUCAUCACCGAGCUCAAGGACAUCCUGGGCGAAUAUCUUCUCAAGUACGAAGAUUCCGACUUCGAGAAGGAGCAACGUCUCGUCGAGCUCUUCAAAGUCCGCCUAGGCGAAGACAAGAUGCAAGCAUGCGAGGUGAUGCUUCACGAUGUGCUUGAAUCCAAGCGGAUAAACCGAGACAUCAACGCAUCUAUCAACCGCGAGAAUGUUAGGCUCGGUUCGGAGCUCAAUGCCCAAAUCCUCUCGAGCUACUUCUGGCCCCCGCUCCGAGAGGAUGCGUUCCGUGUCCCGCAACCUGUCCACGCCCUUCAGCAACGAUAUGCAGCUGGUUUCGAGGGGAUUAAGGAUAUGCGUCGGCUUCAAUGGUAUCCAGCACUGGGCCAGGUGGAAGUGGAGUUGCAGCUCCAGGACCGCGAAUGGCGUGGAGAUUGCCAUCCAUGGCAAGCCAGUGUUGUCUACGCAUUCGACGAGUCAAUCUCAAGCAUUUCAGGUCUUGAAAACGACCCGGGCCGUAGCACCACUCCAAGUAGGACGGUUGAGGAACUUAAAAUCAUGCUUCAAAUGGACGAGCAGCUGGUCUGCAAUGCUCUUCAAUUCUGGACCGCCCACCGUGUUCUUGUCGAAGUCUCACCAGGGAUUUAUGAGGUUCAAGAGACUCUCCCUGCGGACGGUGGAUCAUCAGGAGACAAGGCAGGUGGAAGCGGGAAGUCGGCCAGCCGCACCGCUCCACCACUACACACGGAAACAGGGGCGCAUGUGUCGGCCGUGAAGAGCCAGGAGGAUCGGUUGAUGGAGAACGUGGACAUUUACCGGCACUUCAUCGUGGGCAUGCUGACGAACCAGGGAGCCAUGCCCGUGGCGAAAAUCCUCAUGAUGUUGAAGAUGACCAUGCCCGGUGGUUUUCCUUUCGGCAUGGAGGAGGUGCGGACGUUGCUAGGACGAUUAGUGGAGGAGAGAAAGGUGGUGGGACAGGGCGAUAUAUAUUCGGUGUCUAAGGGAUGACCUGCUAACAUGGCCAUGAUUACGAGACAUGGGAGAACGGGUUAUGAAUAUACACGUAUCGAGUACUGCAUCAUUCCGGUCAGAUGUCUUUCACUGAGCUCGGUUAUUGGCCGCUAUUGAGAGUCAAUCCAUGAAUGGUGUAACAUGAAGGUAGUGAAUCUCAUGGAAUAGGAUUGUCAAGUAUGUUGGCUCCGAAUAA